AUGCAGGCAGCGCACGGCAGUGACGCAACAGAGCACAGCACAGUCAGCGGUGCAGUCAGCGACGCGGUGACUAAUGGCAUCGCAGCUGGCGCCGCAUUGGUGUCCACCGGGCUGCAUGCCGUGGCAGAGAUCGCCAAAGCAGGCGUGAGGGGGAAGGAAGAGUCGGGUAAUGCAUCUGACGGUGAGGAAAAGGAUCAGGAAGAGAAGGGUCAGGAGCAGGAGCAGGGCAAGCCCGAGGAGCCACGCCUGCAGUUUGGUACCUUUGAUGAAAGCCUGGCAGGCAACAUUCUUGGCGAGGCACCCACAGGGGUGAAGGCAGUAGAGAACGGCCACAGCAGCGGCAGUGUGACGCCUGCCGAGGCUUCCAGCGGACCCUCCAGCCGCGCCGGCUCUGUGACUAACCUCAGCCCCGUCCCUUCGCAGUCGUUUUCCGCCAAGCCAUUCGUGCCCGGCGCUGCUGAGCCGAGGCCGCUCGAGGCUGGCGCUGCAGUGAAGACCGGUUCUGGCACGCUGAACGUGAAUGCACGCGAAUUCACACCCGGCGCUGCUCCGGUGGCCGCAACUCAGAACGGCGCGCCGGCGGCCGGGGCGCAGAACGGCGGUGCGGCGGACGUUAUGUGGAGCGAUGUGGGCAUCACAGAUGAGACCGACUCCUCGCAGGACUGGUCCCAGUGGGGCUAUUCUGACCAGACGGUGUGGAGCGACGAGUACCAGGAGUAUGGCACAUGGACGCUGGGCAACGACGGCCAGUAUAUGUGGUAUUCCUCCCAGGCCUCAAACUGGGAUGCCGCAUACGCGGGCGGCCAAUACUGGAACGGCAACGGUUACUACGCCAACGGCAAUGGCCGCGCAAACGGAGGGUACGCCGCGAACGGUCAGGCGGCGGCGGCCGACGGCAAGACCCAGAACGGGCAGGCGGCGGCCGGCGGCGGCAAGCGGGCGCGCAAGGACAAGCGCAGGGAGGGCAAGCCUCCGAGCCUGAAGGACAUCCACGGGGCGGAGGCGGUGCGCGCUGCCAGCCUGGCGGUUCUGGAGCAGGCGUUCCCUGUCUACUCCGCCGCCAGCCUGGCAGACAUGCUGGCCGCCAGCAAGGACGACCUCGCGCGCGCCCUCGAUGUCAUCGCCCGCCUCGAGGCUGAGCAGGCCAAGCCAGCCAUUGACGGCGCCACCGGCGAGGUGCUGGUCCUGGACGAGGAGAACUUCCCCUCGCUGAGUGCGGCGAGCUCCCCGGCCAAGCCGCUGUCCAAGCGCGCCGCCGCGGCCGCCGCCACCGUGCGCCCGGCCUCGCCCGACACGCCCCUGCACGCCCGCGCCGAGGAGUCCACCCCGGAGGCCUCCCGCUCCGCCUCCCCGGCCCCGGCUGCCGCCGCGCAUGCGUAUGCACAGCCGCCGUCCCCUACCGCCGCCGACGCUGCGGACGCCGUCAACGGCGAGCCGUCUGCAGAGGUUGACGCUGAGGACGAGAAAGCCCCGGAGGACGUGGCGGAGCCGACCGCGGCCGGCGAGGCCGCUGCCGAGCUGGCAGCUUCCGCGGAAGCCGCCGCUGCCAAGCCAGUGGCGGCAGGUGCUGCGCCGGAGGCCGCACCGGCAGCCGAGGCAGCCGAAGCGUCCGACAAGGAUGUGGAGCAGGAUGCAGCCCCGGCGCCGGCCCCGGUGCCGGUGCCGCCGGUGGCGGCCUGGGGCAGCAAGGAGAAGCCGGCGUUCCUGACUGCCAGCAGUGGGGACGCAUCUGGCACUGCCGCGGCCCCUGCCCCGCCUGCAGACGCUCCCAAGAGGGCCGUCCCCAUCACACAGGGCGCGACUGCCCCGCGCAAGACCGGCCGCAAGACCGGCGCGGCCGGCGCCGCCGGAGGGAACGCCACCUGGGUCGCGACUGGCGCGGCGGCCGAUGCCCAGUACAGCGAGGCGCGCAUCGUCGCGCGCGACCACAUGCGGCUGCGGAACCAAUUCUUCCAGCAGGCGACGCAGGCAUACCUGGGCGGAGACAAGGCGCUGGCCAAGGAACUGGGAUCCAAGGGGCGCUGGCACGCUGCGCAGAUGGCCGCCGCCCAUGCCGACGCCUCCGACGCCAUCUUCCAAGCGCGCAACCCCACCCGAGGCAAUGCCUCGGGGCAGGUAGCAGUGAUCGACCUGCACGGUCAGCACGUGGCAGAGGCGCUGAAGCUGCUGCAGCGCGAGCUGGCACGGCUGCGCGGCAGCUUUCCCGGCAGCGGCCAGAACAGGCAGCCUGCCAAGUCAGCCGGCCGCCGCGUCCAGAUCCUCGUCGGCAACAACAGCCAUUCCAAGGCCAAGCACACGCCCAUGAGGCUGCCGAUGGCCGUGGAGGAGUUUUUGAGGAGUGAGGGCUUCGCAUUCAAGAAGCCGCUGGCAGGUGCUCUUGAGAUCACCGCCUGA